AACUUUGCUUGGGCUGACAGUUGAUAUUUACAUAGUCAUUAAGCUUAUCGAUGGGCACUAUCUAUCGUAAAAGGUAGUUCUAAAGGAAAACUCAGCGCAUAGUCUUAUUUACGGAAAUUACAAUGACUAAUGCAGACAAGGAAACGUUCUUUACCAAAGCCCAUUCGCCAUUUCCUGAGCCCACCUUGGACGAAAAAAUCAGGGCAAAUGAAUUUUUAUCGGCAUCAAACCACCUCGCCCAGUUUUUUGGGAUGCUUGGAACCAUCUUUACUCCUGUUCAAUCAGACAUAUCAGGAAAUGUUAAAAAACUCACACAGUUUAUAGAGGAGAAUCCAGGAAAAGUAGUCUACGUAAAUGAUAUCAUUUUGAUGGAGGCUGGUGCUACUCGGUCGAUUUCCAUUGAUGCACUUCUUUGGUUGAAACGUGCACUUGAGUUCACCAUGCUCUUCAUCGAUGGCAUUGUGUGUGAUACGAAAAAUGGCUCAGCUAACGAGGAUCUGAGACCUCUUUGUCUUCAAGCAUAUGAAAAAACAUUGGAAAAGUAUCAUGGUUGGAUGGUGCAACAGAUUUUUUAUCUUGUAUCUCGAGCAUGCCCGUCGAGGCGAGAUCUCCUAGCCAGUUUAGCUCUUGGAGAGACGGACAUGGAGCCUACCAUACUAGCGCAAAUGGAAGAAGUACUUGUGAAUCUAAAGAAAAACGUUGCCAUAAUUAAUCAGUUGUAUUCACAGUACAAUUUGGACGCUGAGGUCAAAGUUUAGGUUGUGUAAUGACAUCAUGCCUGAUCGUAAUGUUCCUGAAAAGCGUCAGAAGUAAUUUGAAAUAUAAAAACACUCCGCAUUA